AUGCUUCUAGAUAUUGACGAAUGCAGCAAUGGAAGCCAUGAUUGUGACGUAAAUUCGAUUUGUACCAACGCUAAUGGCUCCCAUAGCUGCACCUGUAGGGAAGGAUACACUGGAAUAGGAGAGUCAUGUCAAGAUAUCGAUGAGUGCCUCAUUGCAAGCCAUGCUUGUGACGUGACUGCAAAUUGUACCAACACUGACGGCUCCUACAACUGCACCUGUAAGGAAGGAUACGCCGGGGACGGAGAGUCAUGUCGAGAUAUCGACGAAUGCAGCAAUGGAAGCCAUGAUUGUGACGUUAAUGCGAAUUGCACCAACACUGACGGCUCCCAUAGCUGCACCUGUAAGGAAGGAUACACUGGAAAAGGAGAGUCAUGCCAAGCCGAUCCAUGUUAUAAUUACCACAACCUAAGUGAUGCCACAAGGAAAAGCAGUUACAUUACACCGCUCUCUGGUCCAGUGUUUUGUGACUACCCACUCACCGUGAGAUGGUACCGUUUUGUGGGAGCUGCCGGAACUAAAAUGCCAACAAUACGUGUACCAGCAUACAAAUGUGGUACAGACUGGUCAGGCUGGUUGGAUGGUGCUCAUCCUAUAGUGGAAGAUGGUGACGUUUUCAGGAGGGUCUGCUUUAGCAAUCGUCCUACAGGUUGCAAAUACUCAAUCGAAAUUUCAGUUACAAAUUGUGGAUCAUUUUAUAUCUACAAACUUGCUCAGCCCCCUGGUUGUUCUUCGCGUUACUGCAGCACGGACUAAAUCUGAGUCUAAUAACUUCCCAAAACGAGACAAGUCAUAAAAAGAUCCUUGUGAACAAUGUACUUUACGACUUACAGUCCCCUCCCUAUCGUGAUCGUUAAUACCGUCGUUAUAAUCUGGUGCAUACUGGCAAAUCUUUACGUCGGUGGCGAACUAUUAACUGUCAUAAAUAUCAAGAGUUCUAAUGAUGGUGGGCAUCAAAUAUCAUUUACAUCAUUUAAGAAGACUUCUUGCCUGAAAAAAUGAUAAGCGAAAACUGUCAAAUCCACCUAACUACAACUUUGUACAUUAUUUAAUAGCGUUUAA